CCGUAAACUAUCCACGUGGAGAUGGGUAAAGGGAGAGUGAGGGUGAAGGGAGCGAAGGGGAAGCGGUGGAGGAAAGGCCAGAGCGGUCUCAGCAACCCCAGCGACGUCUCGCACAGACAGGCUGCUCGAGGAAAGUUCGGAGACCAUUUGUCACGGGAUAAGAGGGCCUCCGCUCCGCUGACUGCCGAGGCUUUGGCGAGGCUUCACACCACUCAGGAGGAGCUGGACAGAGAUGGAGAUGUGGACCUGGAGAUCUCCAGUAGUGCAGGAACAACCAGUGCAGCCUCCAGCUCUGCUCUGACUCUGAUUGAGACUUCUCAUCCAGUCUUUGGAACUGUCAGGAAACUAUGGAACUCUCCAACUGAGAGUCAUCGAGUGAUCUGUGCAGUGUUGGCAGCCGUGUCGGAUGUUGUGAGGUCUCAGGACGGCAGGAACACAGAGACUGAAUACUAUGGAGCUCUGAUGUCAGUGUUGGAGUCAUGUGAUGACGAGAAGUCGGUGGCUGCCAUUUGCUAUCUUUUGUGUCUCCUCAUACCCAGUCUACCUAGUGAAGUGCUGCAGGUCAAGUACAGCACCUCUUGCAAGAUACUCACCGAGCAACUGACAAGACAUGAGACUAGCUCCUCUACUGCUCUCCUCAAAUCACUGGUAAGGGCUCUGGGUCUCCUACUAGAGGCCCAGCCAGCGAGUGUCUGGAGUGACAGCCACUGUCAGAAAGUCUUCCAGAACAUUCUCAACUUCACCGUCCAUCCCAAGCCCAAGCUGAGGAAGGCAGCACAGGCAGCGGUGGUGGCAAUGCUCCGUGAAGGGUCUGCCUCGGGAGAACCCCACACUGCGGCUCCACCCACUGCCAGACACUGCAGACAUGUCAUUGACAGAGGUGAGUCUACUCAGAGAGAGGUGAGGUGAGGUGACGUGUUCCACGUGACAGGAGGAGAGACAGCCACGCUCCAUGUCCUGGGAAUGCUGCGAGAAUGCCUGGCCAACUUCCCCGCUCUGCAUGUCAAGUCUCUGUGUGAGGCAGUUCUGAAGACCAUGACACUAGGCAGUACAGUGAGUUUGGUUCUCGUGUACUAAUAAUCUUCUAUCUCAAACGUGGCAGAUGGUUCGAACUACUUGUCUCCGCACUCUGCAUGGAGCUCUGACCUCUCAGGCAGGACCUCAGGAGCUCACCUCUUCUCUCACAGCCAGGAUCAUCUCUGCUCUGUAUGACCACCAGCCAGGACGGGAAGACUGGCAGCUACUCCAGGCCUGGCUUACUGUCAUGAUGGCAGCUCAUACCAGACUAGCCAGACUGGACCAGGAGCUGUGUCUGGCUCAUCUUGUCAAGUUCUUCUCGGCUGCAGUUUCUUGUCUGGUCUCCCACAGCUCCACUGUCACUGACACCACUGCUGCUGCUCUCCAGGUGACCCCCUAGACCUCUCUUCUCUAUCUCACUCCUGCCUUCUCUCCCAGAAUCUCCUGACUACUGUUGUUGGACCACACGUUGCUUCGCUGGACAGCUGCUCCAAGUCUCAACUACAGCAAAUAGGAGACAUGUACACGGCUGUGGUGAAAGGACUGGAGUUCAAGUACCGGUCGUCAUGGAGACAGGUUCUGAAGACUCUGGCAGUGUUCCACAGAGUGGCUGGGGACAAGUGUCACUCGGUCAUGGCACAGCAGCUGCCGGCUCUGGUGUCCCUCCGUUCCCUCCCUGGCUUCUCCCUCUCCAGUCAGCUGGAAGAGGCCCUCGGAACUGCCAUUGCUGCAAUGGGACCAGAGGUGGUGCUGACUCAUGUUCCUCUGGACCUGGACUCUGGUGGAGAUGUGUAUCCUCCAGAGCUCCCGACCAGCUGGCUCCUGCCUGUCCUCAGAGACCACAUCUCACACUCGCGGCUGGCGUUCUUCAGAGAUCAUCUCCUCCCUAUAGCCACCACACUCAGGAAUACUGGUGAGAGGUACCAGGGGGCAGGGAAGAAAAUGGCUGCCAAACUCUACACAACACUCUACCAUCAGGUGUGGUCUCUGCUGCCCGGGUUCUGCCGAGGUCCCCAGGACGUCCCAGAUUCAUUCCCGGGUCUGGCCCGAAUUCUCGGCACUGCUCUCACUGCCAAGCCCCAGCUACGGAUCACCAUAGCAACAUCUCUCAGGCAACUAGUGGAGUCUUGUCGAGGGAAAGAGGAGGAAGUGGGUGUGGUCGCUAGGUUCUCCAAAAACUAUCUUCCCAUUCUGUUCAACCUGUACACCAGCGAGGAGGAGGAAGAGGAGGAGGGAGUGAGACUGGCAGUCCUGCAGUGUGUGGAGGCCUACAUAUCCAUCACAGACCCUUCCCUCGUCACCACCCUCUCCUCCUCAGCCCUCACCAACCUCUCCCUCCCCAACCUCACACCUGGGAAGAAAUACAGACUGCUGGAUCUGGUGGCUGUCAUGGCAACCGCUCUCCCUCUCUCUCCUCUCCAGGACCUGCUGGACAGUGUGUCUCCACUUCUCGAUAGUGUGGAUGGCAGAGUCCAGAAGAAGUGUUACAGGGUUCUGGAGCGAGUGUUGACCAGUGAAGGCCAGCCUCAGAAGACGUUUGUCCGGGAGAAUCUGUUGCAGCUGAUGUCUCUGUUGUGUGGAUCUCUCUCUACCUCCUCCCCUGCCUCCAAGAAGCCCCGGCUCCGCUGUCUCCUGUGUCUGGUGGAUCACGUUGGACACGACUCACACCACUUCCUCAACACACUCACCCCUGAGGUGAUCCUGUGUACCAAGGAGACUAAUGAGAAAUGCCGAGCGAUGGCCUUUCAGCUGUUGGUGAGGAUGGGGCACGCUGCACAGCGUUGCUAUGGCCUCAGCCCAGAAGAGUCGUUGACUCAGUAUGUUGGAGUGGUUCUGGCCGGCAUGGCUGGUUCGUCUCACCUGGUCUCGGCCUCCAUCAUCUCUCUCUCCAAACUUCUCUUUGAGUUCAAAGAUGUGGUGAGCACUCAUCUGGUGAGUCAGCUACUGACCUCCAUGACAGCCCUCCUCUCCUCUAAACGUCGGGAGGUCGUCAAGGCAGCAUUCGGGUUCAUCAAGAUAACGAUCAGGGUCCUCCCCGUUGCCGACUUGUCUCCUCAUCUGGAGGAGCUGAUAAGGGGAGUCCUUUGCUGGAGUGCGGACCCAAAGAGUCACUUUAGAUUGAAGGCUCGCGUCAUUCUUGAGAGACUGUGUCGCAAGUUUGGAUUUGAGAUGGUGAGCAGUGUUACUCCAGCCAGAGGCCAGAGACUGCUGGCGCACAUCAAGAAGACCAGUGAGAGAGUGAAGCGGAAGAAGACUGCUCCUGAUGAGAGCAGCGAGGAUGAAGAGGAGGAGAGAGGGAAGAGGGGGUCGUGGAUCCGGGAGUCCAGCGGUGGAGGAGACCCAGUUGACUUCCUGGACAGGUCCCUGGCUGCCAGGAUCUCCUCCACACACCCAGUCCAGAUAAUGAAGUCACAGGUAGCUGGAGAGUCAUUUCCAACCUCAGCUGACGGGAAACUGCUCAUCUCUGACCAGCCAUCUGAACCUGGGGAGCAGUCACAGGAGAAGAUGGAGUUAGAUGACACAGAGGGAGGGAGGAGGAAGAGGAAGAGGGAUCCAUCGCAAGCAGCCUGACAAGAUGGACUUCAACUAUGGCUCAGAGUAUAGGGCAAAGAAAGCUCGUGGUGAUGUAAAGAUCAAAGGUAAACCGGACCCCUAUGCCUAUGUCCCUCUCCUGGGUCAGAAGCUGAACAGAAGGAAGAGAGCCAAGCUGUCAGGCCAGUUCCAGGGACUAGUGAGGAGCGCCAAGACUGGUGCAUCGGCUGGCAAAAGACAGAGGGGACGCAGGAAAUGACUCCUCUCAUUAGCAGCCUUUAUUGUGUGAAUAUAUUGUCAGUGUAAAAAAAUUAAAUAUUGACUU